AUGGCAAAGAUUGUCAUAGUUGACCUCAAAACAGAGGCAAUACAACGAGCAUCAACCAGCGACGGUGCGCAGAUGAGCUUGCCGGCUGUUGUCGCCACCGUCACUGGUGUCACAGCUGUUACCACUGUCGUUUCUGUUAUCACCGUUGCCUAUCUUGUGAAUGACAUCAACAACUUCUACGACGAUGCGAUAGGAGAACUUACCGAUUUCAAGGACAUCGCCAAUGCUGCAUGGUAUGAAAUGAGACCAUCAUAUCAAGAGCUUCGAGAAAAGAGAAGAGCUCUGUUUGGCAUAUCACGACAAAAGAAUCCAAACAGACCCAGACGGCAAUUCCCACCACAGUGUGCGUGCGGAGCCAUAUCAGCAAGUUGUCCGCAAGGACCACCUGGUCCGCCUGGACCGCCCGGGCCAGAUGGAGAGCCUGGAAGGCCUGGAAAGGAUGGACAACGUGGUGUUGACGGCAUUCAGAUCAGCUUCGGUGGCGGCGCUGGUGGAUGCAUUAAAUGUCCAAAUGCGGGACCCCCGGGACCUCCCGGACCAGAUGGACCACCAGGACCACCAGGACCGCCGGGACCACCUGGAUCUAAUGGAAGAGGAGGUAUGGGACCUCCUGGCCCACCUGGACCAGCGGGAGAUCCUGGGCCAGCAGGACCAGCAGGACCUCCUGGACCAGAUGGACCAGCAGGAAUGCCAGGACAGAAAACAGUUGGAGUACCAGGUCCUGCUGGCCCACCAGGACCACCAGGCCCACCUGGACCUCCAGGACCAGACGGUGGAGGUGGAGGUGCGCCACAGCCUGGACCACCAGGACCUCCCGGCCCACCAGGAAACCCAGGACCACCUGGUCCAGAUGGACCUCCAGGACCUGCAGGAACAGGUGGUGAGCCUGGUGGUGAUGGUGAAUAUUGCCCUUGUCCGCCGCGUACAAGCAGCUACAAACGUAAAGGGCGCAACGGUUAUUCUUUCAAUAAGGCCGCUGCUGUAGCAGCUAGAAGGAGGGCUGCUCGCGGACCUCAGAGAGCACAAGCACAAUUUAACAGACAAACUAGUCCUGCUCGCACUCCAGCGGCAUACAACGUCGCUCAAAACCGAGUCGCCAGAGUACCUGCUCGUCCAGUAAUCGCAAACAAUAUGGCUAGAAGCACACCACACCGUACACCUUUCAACACUCAGCAGAGACCAGCUGUGAACAGAGUUGCCGCACGUUCGACAGUCAACAGAGCUCAGUAUAAUUCCAGAUCUGUGCCCAAAGUAAACCGAGCUGCCCAGGCAAGGGUUGCCCGACGUCCUGCUUACAACAAAGCUGUAGGAGUUUCCCGUCCGGCUGUCAGGAACACUGCACCCGCAAGAAACAGAGCUGUCCGAGGAGGGCCUACUCGUACCGCUGGUGUAUCAAGACAACGCCAGGCUAAACGUGCGCCGUGAACUUGAACGAUGUAGAUGUUCAUUUAUUGUCAAUACUGAUAAAGCAAUUUUGCGGAAAAAAUUCAAGUUUUACUGUAGAGAUUUGAAUAUUAUUGAUAAUAAACGGGAU